AUGGCUGCAGUGUUGCAAAAUAAUGGAAUUGUAAUUUGGGAUGAGUGCACUAUGGCUCAUAAACAUUCACUCGAAGCAUUUAAUAGGAGCAUGCAAGAUUUGAAAUUCAACAAUAAACUUUUCGGUGGUACUGUCUUGCUUCUGUCUGAGGACUUCCGGCAGACGUUACCAGUCAUUCCUCACUCUACUUUUGCCGAUGAAAUCAAUGCAUGUUUAAAGCAAUCGUUUUUAUGGCGAAAUGUCAAAAUACUGCGUUUGACCAUGAAUAUGCGAGUGCAAGUUCAAAACGAUCCAUCCGCACACGUAUUUUCUAAACAACUGUUGGAUAUUGGAAACGGGGAAAUUGAACUGUACCAAAAUACACACUACAUAAAAUUUCCAGAUAAUUUCUGCACUGCCGUUGAAACGAAAAGUAAACUGAUUGAGAGUGUCUUUCCGGACAUAUUAAAUAAUUAUUUAAAUCAUAAUUGCCUCUGCAAUCAUGCUAUUUUGGCUGCCAGAAAUGUUGAUGUAGACGAAAUUAACUUUCAGAUACAACAGUUGCUUGCCGGGUAA